GCUGCCAGCGUCCCCGUGGUGUUCGACGAGCACCACCUCAGCGAGGUGCAGAACAUGGCCUCGGAGGAGAAGCUGGACCAGGUGGUUGACUCCAUGAAGGAAAGCAAAGUGGCCCUUAUAGGCAAAAUCCACACCCCCAUGGAGUACAAGGGAGAGCUGGCGUCCUACGACAUGAGGCUCAGGCGCAAGCUGGACCUGUUCGCCAACGUCGUGCACGUCAAAAAAAGCUUGCCCGGCUACAAAACGCGCCACAACAACCUGGACCUGGUGAUCAUCCGCGAGCAGACCGAGGGGGAGUACAGCUCCCUGGAACACGAGAGCGCCAAGGGGGUGAUCGAGUGCCUGAAGAUCAUCACCCGCGCCAAGUCGCAGCGCAUCGCCAAGUUCGCCUUCGACUUCGCCACCAAGAAGGGGCGCUCCAAGGUGACGGCCGUGCACAAGGCCAACAUCAUGAAACUGGGGGACGGGCUCUUCCUGCAGUGCUGCAAGGAGGUGGCGGAGCUGUAUCCCAAGAUCAAGUUCGAUACCAUGAUCAUCGACAACUGCUGCAUGCAGCUGGUGCAGAACCCGUACCAGUUCGACGUCCUGGUGAUGCCCAACCUCUACGGGAACAUCAUCGACAACCUGGCGGCCGGGCUGGUGGGCGGCGCUGGCGUGGUCCCCGGAGAGAGCUACAGCGCCGAGUACGCCGUGUUCGAGAUG